UUUUAUAGUAAUUUGUCGAUUCUGUGAUUUUGUAAAUAAAUAUUUAUUUCGUGAAUAUUAGGGUAUUAUGAUGAAGACGACUGGUCUGGGGUCUCAUCGGCCUCUCUCUGGGCAGCUGUAUAAGUACACCAAUGUCGUAAAAGGUUGGCAACAGCGUUGGUUUGCGGUCGAUCCUGAAACUGGUGUUUUGUCUUAUUACCUUUUUGAUGGGCCUGGAGACACAAUACAACCUGGACAGCCUGCCCGGGGCGAGGCACACCUAGCAGCAGCAGUGAUCUGUCCAAGCGAUGAAGACUCUCGGACAUUUACCAUCAAUUGUGCGUCAGGCGACAUGCUGAAGCUACGCGCCACAGAUGCCCGGGCGAGGCAGGAGUGGGUCAAUGGCCUCCGAGCUAUUGUUGAGAUACACACUAAGGCUAUGGGAGCCAAUCCCCCACUUCAACCACGCGAGCAGCUUGCAGUCCACGAUGCCAUGGCAUCAGCCAGGCAACAGUUGCAGUCCACUGAACUAAGUGAUGCAGCUUUAGCAAGGUGUAUUGAAUCGGCAGAGUCGCCGUUUCCUCAUACUGAUCCUGACUUACUACUACUAAAGGCCACUUCAGCAGCUAGCAUGCAAUGCCUUCUCCAAUGCUUAGGCAUCUUACAUCGGCAGCAACAAUACGCCACACUCAGCAUCACCGGGAAAAAUAUCGACGAACAUCACUAACCAGUAACCACGUAUCCAUCGAUGUUGGUGUAAAGAAUCUUCUCUUAUUAGGGGCGAAGUUUAGGCUGUUCUAUAUAGUAUAGUGGUGAGGAAUUAAACUCUAGAAUUUUCGAUGUAAAGCUAGAGUUCUGGGGGGUUAAAAUGGCCACAUCGAAGCAAUUCAUCUAAGAAAGCAAUAUUGCAAUUUGACAUUUGUUUGCAUUGCGCACUUACUUUUAUAUGCGCAAAUGUCAAAUAGCAACAUUGCUUUCUUAGAUGAAUUGCUUCGAUGUGGCCAUUUUAAUCCCCCUGUAGAUAUUAAACUCGUCUUCUUUAGGAAUAGCUAGGUAGUUAUUCGGACACCGGAAGUCAUUAUCAUUACCGUUAACGCAAAAAUAUCCUAGAGUCUUUGGUCUUUUUAUAAAUUAAAUAUCCAGUAGGAAAUUAAAUUGGCGACAUAAGUUUGAGAAUCUGCCUACAACGUACCUUCGUACUUCAGCAUUUACUAGUUACAUUGUUAUAAAAAGUUAUUAUGUAAUACGGAUUUGCCGAUCUACAAAUCGCAGUUCUACCAUAUUCUACGAACCAAUAGGAAGCAUCAAUUCCUGACGUUCCGUCCGCUUCGGUUCCACUUCAGUUGACGUGUUCCCUUAGGGCGUUUUCAUACUACAUUUGAUCCGAAUCCGAUCAGAAGAUUCUUGGUGUCAAAUUAUGGUGGUUGUCUGAAUCGGCACCAUUAUAGUUCUACAUACAACCACUUGGACGUACUGUGAAAGCUCUCUCACCUUUGAGAGAAGCGAUUUGACGAUGUUCUAAAUGAUAAUAACUAGGUUAUGCAAAGAAUGGUGCUAAUUCCUGUAAAUACCAUCUAAUUUUAUUUUAGGUUAUAUCUGUCAUUUUCUUAUCCGCCGAAAAGGAAAGGGACGGGUAAUCGACAAGUAUAAAAUUUAUGGAACACACGUCAAUUUUAAGCACAAAUCUAAAACAACCGUCUAAAAAUUCGCCCGGGUUAUUCAUUUAUUUACUCAUUCUUCCUAAAAUUAAGAGCUGUCAAUCAUCCGUCCCUUUCCUUUUCGGCGGAUAAGAAAAUGACAGGUAUAACUUAAAGUAAAAUUAAGAGAUGUCUGCAGGAAUCGGGGCCAAUGUCAGGUUAAAUAUUGGUAUGAUGAGCAAUGUUUGUUUUCGCAACCGUCACUUUACUACUGUUUUAUUGACGACUAUAAACCAGUUUUUAUUUUUGUAUUGAAUGCCUGUGUAACCAUGCAACAACUUUGUGUAUAGAUGAAUGGUAAAACUUUUAUUAUGUGACUCUUAGGGUUGAACUACAUUUGGCCGCACCAUCGCACUUUCCUAUACUUCUAUCUAUUUCUGUUUCUCAGAAACGUCAUUUCCUAGAGCGAGAUAAUGCGACGGAAUCGAGGAGGUAGCCGGCGACCGGAUUGACUUUAUCUCGCUCUAGAAAAGGUCGGUUCUGAAAAGGAUAGAAGCAUAGGAAAGUGCGUUGCGGUGCUGACAGGUGUAGUUCAACCCUUAUGCGAUGCAUCGAACACAAUGCGUCUGGUGUAGGUAUAAAACUCAAGGUGAAUUCGUGGCCCCUCCCACAAGUCUCACCCGAUGUAUUGUUUAUUUUACUGACACUAGGGUUGAUGGUUGAUGAAGUUGGUACUCCACCUCAAAACCCACACGAUAGAAGAAGAUUUAUUCUACUACCCGUACCCGACGCAUCGGGCUCGAUGGAUCGCGUAAUGUAAAUAGGGCCUUUAUGAGAUUUAUCUUAACCCCUCAACCUAUGCUUUUAAACAUUUUAACACAAUUUUCUGUAUUUACCAAAUAUGUAAAUACCUAGUGACAAUUACAUUGAAGUUACUUGUAUGUAAAUAUUUUUAAAACGAGAUUAUUUGGAUGUAUGUACUUAAAAUUUAGAAGUAACAUAUCCAAUUUAAUUGAAUAUAUACCUAUGUAUAUUCUGUUUAAUAAUAACGAAAGAAUUAUAUCAAUAAUUCGUUUCAGUUUACUAGACCAGUUCACUCUCCCUAUAUUUGUAGAAUCUGUGUUGAGUUGGAAACAACUUAGUAUUUUAUAGAUGACAGAGAAUUUUCAAGCAUCUUUUUUCUAUAUAGUGAUCCUAAUCCAUUACAAAUUCAUUACUUUGCUGGUGCUAACUGGAAUAUUUUUUAAGUCUUUGUUUUUACCUGCUUCUAGUACCUACCUAUGUAGAGCAGCUUAUUUGUAUGAAAAAUGAUACCUUUAUAAAAAUUCCAGUAAUAUAAUGUAAAUUAUAUUAAUAAGAAUAAAUUAAAUCUUAAAAUUAA